AGCUGUUUCUCGAGUUUUCAAAAUUUUCGAACGCCAAAAAGGCCAUCGAAGAAUCUAGAACAAAAUGGCGCGAUCCAAAUCCAUCAUUAUUUUCCUUUUCAAUGCACAGAUGUGCUGAAGAAAUUAUUUGGAUUCCAUAGUCCAUCAGAAAUCAUCUCUGCAAUUCGACGACGAAAUCGAGACCUCGACAUUGAAAUCCGCAGCUGAAUCUGUGAGAUCGGCAUUUAUCUUGUGAAGCUUUGAUCAAAUCGAAGUUUUCGAGUCGGUUAAGUUGGUGAAUUCUUGUUCGAACUGUUUCAGUUCAAUGGCUGUGGGACUGGAGGAGAAGUCGGAGAGGAAGGGCGGAGUAGCGCUUUAUUUUCCUGCAAAUGACGACGAGCCUUCGCCGGCAUCGUCAUCUACUCCUCCUAAACUGCCUCGCAGGCUUAGCCGUCGCCUAAUGGAGUCUAAGGCGCCGUCUACUGCGGAAGAGAUUGAAGCCAAGCUCCGAAAGGCUGAUCUCCGUCGUCAGGCCAAGAGACAAAGAGCUGGGUAUUCGAUGGAGAGACGAAGAACAAGUGAUAUUGUUCGUGCUAAUAUGAAGGGGGUGUCUAAGCAGGACCCAGCGGCAAUUAUAGCAAGGUGCUGGAGGAGUUUUGUACAAACGAGAAAAACUACUUUUGCUUUGGCAAAAGCAUUUCAAGCAUUAGAUAUUACAAAAGAAUCUGUGAAGUCUAUGCAAUUUGAGCAGCUUGCUUCUAAGAUCAAUGCAACUGCAACCAUACAAACUGUAAAAGCUUUACUUGUUCGCUUAGAGAGUAGAUUCUCAAUCUUGAGAACAACUUCUGGAAAUAAAUUAAGCAUGGAGAAGGUAGAUCACCUUCUCAAGCGUGUUGGAUUUCAUGGCAGAAGCAGUAAUCAAGUAAACAAGACAGGUAGAUCACAGACUAUUGGCUUCAGGAAAGCUGCAAGGGUUCCCUCUAAAUUAUCUAGGUACCCUGCCAAAGUAGUGCUUUUUGCUUAUAUGAUAUUGGGGCAUCCGGAGACAGUUUUUAUUGGGAAGAGUGAGUUUGAAAAUGCAUUGCUGGAGUCGGCAUCAAAUUUUGUUCAGGAAUUUGAGUUGUUGAUUAAGAUUAUAUUGGAGGGUUCCUUACGAACCAUGCAUGAGGAGCAAUCUUCAGCACCAUCUUCGAUUAGAUCCCAAUUAGAGAUAUUUGACAAAAGAUGGUGCUCUUACCUUCAUCACUUUGUGGUGUGGAAAGACAAGGAUGCUAUAUUUUUCGAGGAGAACAUGAAGGGUGUUGCUCGCCAGUUGGAGAGUUUUAUGGCACAAACUUCUAAGCUGAGAUUGGAAGGUGAUAAUAGUAAUAUCGCACAUGAUACACAGGUCAGUGAAGAGCAGAAGAUACUGAAAGAAAAGUUACAGCAACUUGGCAGUUCAGAAAAUUCUUCAUCAGUUGCAGGGUCAAGCUCCUUGGAAUUGGAUUCUGAAUAUUCUCCAGGGUUCCGACCAGUAGAAAAUUCUAAGCCAGAGCAACCUACAAGCUCCAGUGAAAUGCUAGUCACUGAGAAUGAGUUGGUUGCAAAUGAGAUUGUCCAUGAUUAUCACCAUUUCCUUACAGUCUCCUCGAAUGCUCCAACUGAAGCUGAAAACAGUUUAAAGGCAAAACUGAAAAAGACGAUGGAAAAAGCAUUUUGGGAUGGCAUCAUGGAGUCUAUGGAAGAAGAUGAGUCUGAUUUCAGUUGGGUUAUCAAGGUCCUGAAGGAGGUCAGGGAUGAAUUGUGUGAGACGUCUCCGCCGUCCUGGAGAUCAGAGAUUGCUGAGAAAAUUGAUAUUGAAAUUGUUUCACAGAUUCUAAAUUCAGGAAUUCCGGAUGUGGGUUACUUCAAACAACUCCUGGACUUUAGUUUAGUCACACUGCAAAAGCUUUCCGCUCCAGCGAAAGAGAAAGAGAUGGAAGCAAGUUACCAGAAGUUAAUGGAAGAGCUGGGAGACGUUUCCUGUUCUGGAGAGAACUCCAAGCGCCCAUUCGCUCUCUUGAUGGUCCAAGGUUUACGCUUCAUUCUACAUCAGAUUCAGAAUCUAAAAGAAGAAAUAGCAAAUGCACAUUUAAGGAUGGUGGAACCGCUCAUCAAGAGCCCUGCUGGUUUGGAGUAUCUGAAAAGUUCAUUUUCUAAGCGAUGUGGUUCUCCUGCUGAUGCACCUACCUCUUUGCCUCUCACAAGGCAAUGGCUUUCAUCUGUAUGGCCGAAUGUGGAGCUGGAGUGGAAAGAACACACUGAUUCUCUGGCUUCUGCUAUAUCAAAAAAUGCAGGAGUUCAGCCAGAGAAUCUCCCGUCUACCAUACGUACCGGAGGAAGUAGUCUGAUUCCAUCAAAGAUCAUCAGCCCAACCUCUGGAACAAGUAGCCAUGGCAAAGAACAACCAGAGUGCAAGGGUGAGAGACUUGAUUUAUUAAUUAGGCUUGGUCUGCUAAAGUUAGUAAAUCAAAUAAAGGGGCUCAGCAGUGAUACUCUGCCGGAGACUCUUAAGCUUAAUCUCGCCAAGCUCAGGACGGUUCAAUCUCGACUUCAGAGGAUCAUCGUCAUUUCUACCAGCUUGUUGGUCAUGCGCCAAAUUCUUCUCAACGAGAGACUGGUCUCCAAUCCAAGUGAAGUCGAUAGUAUAUUAUCGACAUGCGCCAAACGCCUUUGCAAUCUCUUGGACAUUGUCGAAAACGUUGGAAUACUGGAGAUCGUUGAAGCCCUCGGCAUUGUCUUAGUCGAUUGUGAUUCGGACCCUAAAAAGCUCCAAGCAAGAAAGCAGAUCAUAGCAAACAUGUUGAUAAAAAGCUUACAAGAAGGCGACGUCGUAUACAAUCGAGUUUCACGCAACAUUUACCUGGCCAUGCGGGGCGUUGUGCUCGGAGGAAGCAGCAGAAAGGGAAGGCAACUAGCGGAGGCAUCCCUUUUGCCCAUCGGAGCAGGAUCUCUCACCGGAAAGGUGGUCGAGGCAGCAGAAUCUCUGAUUGUUAUGGCUGUUGUGUCUGUGAUCGUUCAUGGAGAUUGGUAUAGAGAACUGAUGAAGAACUGGUGAGAUCGUCUCAAAUGGUAACAGAUUGUCUUAAAUGUUUGUAAAUAAGGUAAAUUCAUAUGUAAAUUCUCCACAAAUGGGAAGAUUUGGUGUGUGUUUGUUUGAGUUUGACGGUGCAAAAAAUUUAAUGUUUUAGAUAAUAUUUGUGUUUAGAUAUAUAAAAAUUUGUUAAUUAUGUU